GCCGGCCAUGAACUUCCAGGGCGGGCCCGGGCAGAGCCCCGGGCAGCAGGGGCAGAGCCUGGCGGCGCCGGGAGGCCCGUCGGGGCCGUCCCCUGGCGGCGCGCCGCAGCCGCAGUUCGGCCUCUCCAACUCGGCGGCCAUCCGGGCCGAGAUCGGGCGCUUCGAGUCGGUGCACCCGAACAUCUACGCCAUCUACGACCUCAUCGAGCGCGUCGAGGACCUCGCGCUCCAGAGCCAGAUCCGCGAGCACGUCAUCUCCAUCGAGGAUUCCUUCGUGAACAGCCAGGAGUGGACCCUGAGCCGGUCGGUGCCGGAGCUCAAAGUGGGGAUCGUGGGCAACCUGUCCAGCGGGAAGUCGGCCCUGGUGCACCGCUACCUGACGGGCACCUACGUGCAGGAGGAGUCCCCGGAAGGUGGCCGUUUCAAAAAGGAGAUGGUUGUCGACGGCCAGAGCUACCUGCUGCUGAUCCGCGAUGAGGGGGGCCCUCCGGAGCUUCAGUUUGCGGCCUGGGUGGACGCCGUGGUCUUUGUCUUCAGCCUGGAGGACGAGAUCAGCUUCCAGACGGUCUACAACUACUACCUGCGCCUCUGCAGCUACCGCAACGCCUCCGAGGUGCCCAUGGUGCUGGUGGGCACGCAAGACGCCAUCAGUGCCACCAACCCCCGGGUGAUCGACGACUCGCGUGCCCGGAAGCUCUCCAACGACCUGAAGCGCUGCACCUACUACGAGACCUGUGCCACGUACGGGCUGAACGUGGAGCGGGUCUUCCAGGAUGUGGCUCAGAAGGUCGUGGCCCUGCGCAAGAAGCAGCAGCUGUCCAUCGGGCCCUGCAAGUCGCUGCCCAACUCGCCCAGCCAUUCCUCCGUCUCGGCCGCCUCUAUCCCCUCUGUGCACAUCAACCAGGCCGCCAAUGGGAGCGGGGCCUUCAGCGAUUACUCCUCCUCGGUGCCCUCGACCCCCAGCAUCAGCCAGCGGGAGCUGCGGAUUGAGACCAUCGCGGCCUCCAACACGCCCACCCCCAUCCGCAAGCAGUCCAAGCGCCGCUCCAACAUCUUCACAUCUCGAAAAGGCACAGACAUCGAGCGGGAGAAGAAGCCCCCGGAGUGUAAGGCGGACAGUAUCGGAAGCGGGCGGGCCAUCCCCAUUAAGCAGGGCGUCCUGCUGAAGCGCAGCAGCAAGUCGCUGAACAAGGAGUGGAAGAAGAAGUACGUGACCCUGUGCGACAACGGCGUCCUGACCUACCACCCCAGCCUGCACGACUAUAUGCAGAACAUUCACGGGAAGGAGGUCGACCUGCUGAGGACAACGGUGAAGGUGCCCGGCAAGAGGCUCCCGCGGGCCACGACCGCCACUGCCCCCGGCGCCAGCCCCAAAACCAACGGCCUGGGCAAGGAGAAGAGCAGUGGGCCGUCCCCCAGCGGGCCUGGUGCCCCGCACUCCGCCAGCAGCACCUCCCUGCACUCGGAGCGCUCAGGCAGCGGCACCAACCUGCUGGGCUGCAGCGGCAAGCCAGAGGGCGGCGGCGGCGGCGGCGGCGGCGGCCUGCACCAGCGCUCCUACUCCGUCUCCAGCGCCGACCAGUGGAGCGAGGCGGUCGUCAUCCCCAGCAGCGCCCCCACCCCAGCCAACGGCACCGCAGACUCGCUCAGCUCCAGCCCCAACGUGUCCAGCACGGCCAGCCCCAAGCUCGAGCCCCCGCCGUCCCCCCACGCCAACCGGAAGAAGCAUCGCCGGAAAAAGAGCACGGGCACCGGCCGGCCGGAUGGGGCCGGUGCCGCAGUUGAAGAGCAGGACGAGUCUUUCGAGUUCGUCGUCGUGUCCCUGACCGGCCAGUCGUGGCUCUUCGAGGCGUCCACGGCGGGGGAGCGAGAGCUCUGGGUGCAAGCCAUCGAGGGCCAGAUCCUGGCCAGUCUCCAGGGCUGUGAGAGCAGCAAGAACAAGGCCCGGCUGGGCAGCCACGGCGAUGCCACCGCUCUCCAGUCCAUGCGCACGGUGCGCGGGAACAGCUUCUGCGUGGACUGCGAUGCGCCCAACCCGGACUGGGCCAGCCUGAACCUGGGCGCCCUGAUCUGCAUCGAGUGCUCCGGCAUCCACCGCAACCUGGGCACGCACCUCUCGCGCGUGCGCUCGCUCGACCUGGACGACUGGCCGCUGGAGCUCGUGAUGGUGAUGACGGCCAUCGGCAACGCCCUGGCCAACUCUGUGUGGGAGGGCGCCGUGGAGAACUACCCCAAGCCGGGGCCCGAGAGCUGCAGGGAAGAGAAGGAGCGCUGGAUUCGGGCCAAAUACCAGCAGAAGCUGUUCCUGGCCCCCCUGCCCCACUCGGACGUGCCGCUGGGCCAGCAGCUUCUCCGGGCCGUGGUGGAGGACGACCUGCGGGCCGUGGUCACGCUGCUGGCGCAUGGCACCCGGGAGGAGGUGAACGAGACCUACGGCGACGGGGACGGGCGGACGGCCCUGCACCUCUCCAGCGGCAUGGCCAACGUCGUCUUCACGCAGCUGCUCAUCUGGUAUGGCGUGGAUGUGAAGAGCCGGGACGCCCGAGGCCUGAGCCCGCUGGCCUACGCUCGCCGCGCGGGCAGCCAGGAGUGCGUGGACAUCUUGCUGCAGCAUGGGUGCCCCAGCGACGUGCCCGCGAGCGCCCUCACCCCCAGCCUGCCCCGCCGGAACGCCAACAACAACGCCUCCGGCACCCUGCCCGCCGAGGCCCCGCCGUGCUCCUCCGCUCACUGAACAUCCCUUGCGGGGCUCCGGGCCUCGGAGGAGCGGCUGGGCCUCGUUCGCGGGCAUCCCGCAGCCCGCUCUGCUCCCUCCGUGGCCGGGGAACGUGCUGCGCUUCGGCAGCCCCGGUGCUGGGGCUCUACCUGGCCCCCGGGAGGGGCAGGGGUCCUUGGGGCCAGCCGCUGCCGGAGGAAGGGGACGAGGGACCCACACAUGGCCAGAUAAAGGGAACCUUUCUGCCUCCCCGCCCCCGCCCCCAGCUGCACUGGUUUGUCGGUAACAUAGCUCCCCUUCCCUGUCUGCGGCGUCCUUCGUGGCCCGGCCACUGGACCACAAGCUGGCGCCCCCGGUAGAUGCUGCUUCCCGCACAGCCUCCCCGCCCCCCCCCGUCACUUGUGUAUAAAUUGUACAUUGGAAAUAUUUAUAUGACAGUCUGUAAAUAAAGUUUCUUUGCCAUGUG